UUCCGCGUGCGCCGCACCCGCAGCCGCAGUCUAGUAGGAGCCCAACGGGCUGUAUCCGGCUGGGCGUCAGUGCACAGGGGCUUGGGAGUGUUGAGUUUUUGUGGCUGCUGACCUGGCUGAGACGCGAAGUUAACCCAGUCUUGAAGGUCCUGUGCGGACCGGGGUCUUGGCCGUCUGAGCCCCCCACUGUCGAUCUGGGGAGUGGGGGAGCCAGCCCGGCCUCGGUCCCUCCUGGGUCAGGGCUGCGGAACCGUACAAACUCAUCGCCUGGAUUCCCUCUGCCCGGGCCCAGAGCCCGCCUCCCUGCGAGGGAAGAAGCCCCGGACGGGCUGGUGCCUGCUGCUUGCAGACCCUCCCUUGUGGAGCGCGAAGUCCCUCCAAGGACGAGACGGGGCGGGGGGCGGGGGAGAAACAGAGAGACCCUCAGUUCGAUCCUUUCCUGCGCAUCCUGCACGAAACAGCACGGGAUGGCCACCAGGUUUCGGACAGCUUCGUGCUGGGGGUUGUUGUCUUUCAAGGACGUAUCAAUGGAGUUCACCUGGGAAGAGUGGCAGUUACUGGAUUCUGCACAGAAGCACCUGUACAGGGAUGUGACUCUGGAAAACUAUAGCAACCUGCUGUCUGUGGGUUAUCAUGAUACCAAACCUGAUUUAAUCUUCAAGUUGGAGCAAGGAGAAGAGCCAUGGAUAGUAAAUGCCAGCAUUUCCGGUCAGAGCUGCCCAGAAGGUUGGAAAGAAUGGUAUCAGAAUAAUCAAGAUGAGCUUGAAAGUGUUGAGAGAAGCUAUGCUUGUAAUGCAUUUGGAAAACUUCAUCUGAGCAAACCUCACAUUUCUUCACGACACAGAAUCCUCAAAUAUAACACACACGGGAAAAGUUUGACACAGAACUUAGCUUCAUCCAGAAGUUAUCUAAGAAAGAAUCCUGAUAAGUUUCAUGGAUAUGAAGAAUCAUAUUUUCUCAAGCAUCAAAGAGCUCAUAGUAUAGAAAAAAACUGUGUAUGUAAUGAAUGUGGGAAAGCUUUUCGUUGUAAAUCACAGCUCAUUGUACAUCUCAGAAUUCAUACAGGAGAAAGACCAUAUGAAUGCACUAAAUGUGAGAGAGCCUUCAGUGCCAAGUCAAACCUUAAUGCUCACCAGAGAGUCCACACAGGAGAAAAGCCCUACUCCUGUAUCGAGUGUGGGAAAGUCUUCUCUUUCAGGUCACAGCUCAUUGUCCAUCAGGAAAUUCACACAGGAGGGAAGCCUUAUGGUUGCAGUGAAUGUGGGAAAGCCUACAGCUGGAAAUCCCAGCUUAUUUUACACCAGAGAAGCCAUACAGGAGUGAAACCCUAUGAAUGCAGUGAAUGUGGAAAAGCCUUUAGUUUGAAGUCACCAUUCGUUGUACACCAGAGAACUCAUACGGGAGUGAAACCCCAUAAAUGCAGUGAAUGUGGGAAAGCCUUCAGGAGUAAGUCUUACCUCCUCAUUCACAUUAGGAUGCACACAGGAGAGAAACCCUAUCAAUGCAGCGAAUGUGGGAAAGCCUUCAAUAUGAAGACACAACUUGUUGUACAUCAGGGAAUUCACACAGGAAAUAAUCCUUAUCAAUGCAGUGAAUGUGGGAAAGCCUUUGUUUUUAAGUCACAGUUCAUUACACAUCACAGGACUCAUACAGGAGAAAAACCUUAUAAUUGUAGCCAGUGUGGGAAAGCCUUCUCCCAAAAGUCACAGCUGACAUCCCAUCAGAGGACACAUACAGGGGAGAAACCAUAUGAAUGUGGUGAAUGUGGGAAAGCUUUCUCACGGAAGUCACAUCUCAUAUCACAUUGGAGGACGCACACUGGAGAGAAACCCUAUGGAUGCAGUGAGUGUGGGAGGGCCUUUAGUGAAAAGUCAAAUCUCAUCAAUCAUCAGAGGAUUCAUACAGGAGAGAAACCUUUUGAGUGUAGGGAAUGCGGGAAAGCCUUCAGCAGGAAGUCACAGCUUGUCACACAUCACAGGACCCACACAGGAACAAAACCCUAUGGAUGUAGUGAUUGUAGAAAAGCCUUCUUUGAGAAAUCAGAGCUCGUUAGACAUCAGACAAUUCAUACUGGAGAGAAACCCUAUGAAUGCAGUGAGUGUCGGAAAGCCUUCCGAGAGAGGUCCAGUCUCAUUAACCACCAGAGAACCCAUACAGGAGAGAAGCCUCAUGGGUGCAUCCAGUGUGGGAAAGCCUUCUCCCAGAAGUCGCACCUCUUGUCACAUCAGAUGACACACACAGGAGAGAAACCCUUUGUGUGCAGUAAGUGUGGAAAAGCCUUCAGUAGGAAAUCUCAACUUGUCAGACAUCAGAGAACUCAUACAGGAGAGAAACCCUAUGAGUGCAAUGAAUGUGGCAAAGCCUUCAGUGAAAAACUAAGCCUCACUAAUCAUCAGAGAAUCCACACAGGAGAAAAACCAUAUGUAUGCAGUGAGUGUGGAAAAGCCUUUUGUCAGAAGUCACAUCUCAUAUCACAUCAGAGGACUCAUACAGGAGAGAAACCCUAUGAAUGCACGGAAUGUGGGAAAGCCUUUGGUGAGAAGUCAAGUCUUGCAACCCACCAGAGAACCCAUACGGGAGAAAAACCUUAUGAAUGCAGGGAUUGUGAAAAAGCUUUCUCCCAGAAGUCACAGCUCAAUACUCACCAGCGAAUUCACACAGGAGAAAAACCUUAUGAAUGUGGUAUUUGUCAGAAAGCUUUCUUUGAGAAAUCAGAACUAAUCAGACAUCAAAGAACUCAUACAGGAGAAAAACCUUAUGAAUGCAGUGAAUGUCGGAAAGCCUUCAGGGAGAAGUCAAGUCUCAUCAAUCAUCAGAGGACACAUACAGGAGAGAAACCCUUUGAAUGCAGUGACUGUGGCAAAGCCUUCUCUCGGAAAUCACACCUCAUACCUCACCAGAGGACUCACACAGGAGAGAAACCCUAUGGAUGCAGUGAGUGUAGGAAGGCCUUCUCUCAGAAGUCACAGCUUGUUAAUCAUCAGAGAAUUCAUACAGGAGAGAAACCAUAUCAGUGCAGCGAAUGUGAGAAAGCCUUCUCCCAAAAGUCACAGCUCAUUAAUCAUCGGAGAACUCAUACAGUAAAGAAGUCCUAGGAAGGGGGGUUAAAAUUUGUAUUUGACAGAGACCUUAUCUCCCUGUACUUCAGAGGAGGUAGUUAGGGUACAUAUUUCAGAUAACAGUCACCUCACAUUACAUGUCUGAGUGCUCUUGUAGAAACUCUAAGUGAGGUUAUAUAGGUAAAGCUUUCAGCAGCUUUUAAUAUGCUUAUUAAAAUUUGUAGAGUAGAACGACCCUAUGAAAUGCAGUGAAUUUCAAAAACCUUUCAAACCAUGGUGAGACUUUAAUGGUAGAAAACUAACAGUGAAGAGGAAUACUGUGAAUAUCAGAAAGUCUUCCAGAGAUCAGAUCUCAUUAGCUGUCAGAAACAUUCCUCCUGGGAAUGAACUCUUUUCUGGUGAGUUUAGGAAAACUCCAUGAAUGCCACGGGGUAAUAUUUUCGUUAAGAAACAACAGCUCAUUGUAUAUAAGAAAAUGCCCUCAGGAAUCAAUCUUUGGUAAGUAAUCCCACCAUACUGUAUUUUGUGGGUAAACCUAACGAUUUAAAGACAGUAGAAAUAUGUGUCCCUAUAAAUAAUGCUAUAAUGGAGAGCCAUGCACUUUUUAUAGACAUAUGUACCCCAAAUACCCAACUCUAAAUGAUUGACAUAUGUUUAGUCCAAAGUAUGAAGUUUUAAAAAUAUGUGAAUAACUUGAACAUCUAAUUAGGAAAUUUCUCAGUGAUAUAUAAUUAUGGCUUCUUUUCCUGUGUCACACAGUUUCAUAUUUUGGAAUUGCAUAUGAUAAUGUAAUUGGGAGAAUGAGAUGCACAUGUCUUGUCAUGCCUGUGAUGUCUGUCAAGACACACCAUAUACUACUGGUUUUUCUAUUUUAAUGAUAUAAAAGUGUUAACUAAUA